AUGGCAGCUUAUGCUGCUGUGACUUCUCUUUUGCAAAGCCUAGAUCAACUCUCAAAAACUCAUCAUUCAUCAUAUUCUCUUCUUUACAAAAAAGAUCAAACUGAAGUCCUCACUGAGAAGUACACUUUCCUUAAAGCUUUUCUUGAGGAUUUUACAAAUGUUUUCCAUGAAGAUAUAAAGAUGAAGCAUCUCGAAAGGAUGAUCCAAGAAGCUGCUCAUGGAUUGGAAGAUAUAAUUGACUCACAUAGACUUGUUUUACGACAAAGCAGGCGAGAACGAAGACAGGCUAAUACCAUCUUUCAUCAAAACUUGGAAUAUGCAAUUGAAGAAAUUGGUUUGAUACAAAGAGAGGUUACGAAAAAGAUACAGCUCAGCAGGUUCAACUGCAAAAUCUCACAUUCAAGAGAUACUUCACCUCAAUUCCCUUGGGAUCAAAAAGAUAUGAUCGUCGGACUAGAUAAAGAUUUACUAAAGAUUAAAGAUCGACUCAUCGUGCAAUCAUCAAGACUCGAAGUAGUCCCCAUUGUAGGGAUGGGUGGUAUUGGCAAGACCACACUGGCUAGAAGAGUGUAUGAUGAUUCUUUGAUUACAUAUCAUUUUUAUGUUCGAGCAUGGAUAAAUGUUUCUCAAGAAUUUGACACGAGAGAUAUUUUUCUUAGUAUUCUUCGAUCAAUUAGCGUAGUUAGAGAUGAAGUAGAAAGAAACAGUACUACUGAGCAAUUGGCUGAACGAGUUUAUCGAAGUUUAAAAGGGAGGAAGUAUCUUAUUGUUCUAGAUGACAUGUGGUCUAUCGAGGCUUGGCAGCAUGUAAGGAGAUCUUUCCCAGAUGAUCAUAACGGAAGCCGAAUCGUGAUGAGCACGAGGCUUGUAGAUGUUGCCUCUUCUGCUAGCUCGGGCAAUUCCCUUCACCAGAUGCGUUUUCUGAGCAUGGAGGAAAGCUGGACUAUUUUACGCGAUAAGGUAUUUGGGGACAGUAGUUACCCUCCAGAAUUGGAGAAAAUUGGGAAGUACAUUGGCCAUCAGUGUCAAGGGUUGCCACUUGCAGUUGUUGCAAUUGGUGGACUACUUUCCACGAUGAGCAACGAAACAGGUUCUUGGAAGACAGUUGCAGAAAAGGUAGGAUCACUUGUGAUCAGUGACGCUACGGAUUGCUUGAGCAUACUUUCUUUGAGAUACUACCAUUUGCCUCAGUACUUGAAACCAUGCUUCCUUUAUAUGGGAGUUUUUGCAGAAACCCGUGAGAUCCCGGUCUGGAAGUUAGUAAGGUUAUGGAUUGCUGAGGGCUUCAUCAAGAAAGUUAAACACAAAAAUCUAGAAGACGUGGCGGAGGAAUAUUUGAGGGAGUUAGUUGAUAGAAGUUUGGUUUUAGUGGGGAAGCAUAGCUCCCUAGGAAAAAUCAAGAGUUGUAAGAUGCAUGAUCUCGUUCGAGAUAUGUGUUUGAGAGAAGCCCAAAUUGAGAACUUUAUACACUUCAAAACGAG